CAGUCUUAGCGAGCUAUGAUAGCUCAGUAAUUAGCUUAUGUUAGCACUGGUUACAUUGGCUGGCUAUAGAUUAGCUUAUUGAAUUGUCAUUCUGGACCGUAACAAAGGCUAAAAGGGUCUGUUAGAAACUCCAGGAAACAUUUGUCGCUAAGAGACAGCGGUGUUUGGAAAGGUAGUCCUUCCUUUUAAAGAAUGAUGAGCCAGCGGCGUGGGAUCCAUCUGGACCAAUCAGAGCUGCUAUGCAAAAAAGGAUGUGGUUUUUAUGGCAACACUGCUUGGCAAGGCCUGUGCUCAAAGUGCUGGCGAGAAGAAAAUCAGCGAGAAAAGCAAAAACAGAUUCAGGAGGACUGGGCACUCGCUGAAAGGUUGCAGAGAGAGGAAGAGGAAGCAUAUGCAAGUCGACAACAGAAGACCCAAUCACAGCCUUCCAUUACACCUUUUAGCAAGUUUGAGGAGAGAAAGACUAAAGAAAAGUCCAGCAAAGUCAACACGGUCACAAAGUUUUUUAUUCCGUCCACAAAAACACCACCAAAAAAGGAUGCUGCUCCUUUUGACACGCAGUCCAGCCCGAGCCCCAGCUCAUCCACAAGCCGACAGUCAUCUGUGGACAGUGACAUCGCAACACGAGAGUUUAUUGAUUUUCUUAAGCCUCUGAAGUCUGGCAGGGAGAUCUUCAAACAGUGUCGGGCCUUCACUGAGACCAUGGUCUACAAGAGGGACAUCGGAGCUGAUGAGCUGUCAGAGUGCGUGCAGGACUUCUACCAGAACCUUUCAGAGCGCCUCCAGACCCAGUUCAAAGGUUCGUCUGAUCAAGUAGAGUGUAUUAUGGAUGAAGUCGAAAAGUACAUGAUGACUCGUCUCUACAAGGAAGCCUUCUGUCCAGAAACAACUGAUGAUGAGAAGAAAGACCUGGCAAUACAGAAGAGGAUCAGAGCCCUGCACUGGGUCACCAUUGAGAUGCUGUGUGUUCCUGUAGAUGAGGAGAUCCCUGAGGUUUCUGACAGCGUAGUCAAAGCCAUCACAGACGUGAUCGAAAUGGAUUCGAAGCGCGUUCCCAAGAACAAGCUGGCAUGCAUUACUCGUUGCAGCAAGCACAUCUUCAACGCCAUCAAAGUCAGCAAGAAAGAGGCUGCGUCUGCAGACGACUUCCUCCCCACACUGAUCUACAUUGUGCUGAAAGCAAACCCACCGCGACUGCACUCCAACAUCCAAUACAUCACCCGUUUCUGCAACCCCAGCAGACUCAUGACUGGAGAGGACGGCUACUAUUUCACCAAUCUGUGCUGCGCAGUGGCCUUCAUUGAGAAGUUGGAUGGCCAGUCUCUGAACCUGAGCUCUGAGGAGUUUGAGCUUUACAUGUCGGGCCAGGUGUCCCCAAACUGGCCACUCACCUCCGGAGCCGCCACCUCCUCCAGCAACAGCGCUCUCAGUCAGGUCCACAAAAGGCUGGAUCUGCUGACGGGGCUCGGGGAAAGGCAGGAGCGCGUCAUCGAGAAGGCUCGCCAGCUGGAGAGUGACCUCAUUGACUGGACCGAUGAAGUGGAGCAGAAAGUGCAGAGCGUUCUGGAGAGUUUUCCACCCGACAUGCAAAACCCUCCUGCACCCACAGCAAGUGAGACUGCAGCAGCUUCAUCAGCAAUCGACUCUGAUAAUGUUGAGAAUGAGCUCCUGCCACCACCACUGCAGCCACAAGUGUUUGCUGGUUGAUAUAAAGCUUUACUCCACCCUGACCCUUUUCCCUCCAGCUGUCUGAUACAGAUCCCAGUCAACACUCCCAGAAUCUUUGUUCCAUCCACCCUUUUCUUGUAGAAACCAUGAAGCUAGACCCUACAGCAAUGUCACUUUCAAAUGAAAAAAAAAAAGUUUAUUUUUGGGUUGUGUGUUUAUUUGCUUUCUUGGAGAGAGUAAGAUGAGAAGCUUGAUGCCACUCUCGUGCCUGAACAGUAAAUAUUAAGCAGCUUAGCCAUGAAAAUGUUUUAUUGUAAAUUAGUUUGUCUAAAAACCAAAGCAUAGAAGCUUUCGUACAGAUCAGCAAUUCAUUGGUGGUGGAUUUCUGUCACAUGUGGACACGGCUAGGCUGGCUGCAGCUGCCAGAGUGGUAUGAAUGCUCCUGACUCUCCACCAGAAAGCAAAUAAUCUGAAACUUUAAUAAAUACUCUUAUUUUGAACACCAGGCACCACGAGGUGGAGUCCUGGAGUCCAGCAACACUCAGUCAGGGGUCUGUCAUGGUUACAGUCUGCUCCUGUUAAAGUUUUAGACUUGCUGAUAUCCUCAAUCCAGCUGAGCAGUGGAAAGAGAGUGACUCCAUUCCAAGUUCUUCCGAAACACAUCUGCUUGUCACCCACUGUGGCAUCUUCAGUACCUCAGCUCUUCUUUGCCCUUUUAUGUACAGAGAGGAUAAAACGGACGAUAUUUAAACAUGUAUAAUAACUCUCAAACUAUCAGAUGAGGAUUUAUUUUAAGUGUAUGUCUCCGGGGUAUGUAGGCCCUUAAUUCCCAAGUUGUAUCUAACAUACAAUAAUUUUCAUUACACUUUAGAUAACACUUUAGAUGGGCGGGGUGGGGGUAAGUGAGGUGGUAGGGAACUCCCAAUGAUGCAAUAACCAACUUGCCGCUCUCUAAAACUCUGAAACUCCAGCUCAUGUUUGUAAUGUGUGCUGUGUUUAGUGUGCGUUUCACAACCCUUCACAGAAAUAGCCAGAAAAAAGAAGUGUGUGCGUGAGUUGAGAAGGUGUGUGUGUGUGUGUGUGUUGCAUGUUCUAGUAAUGUUGACAAAUCCUCCAGUUACACCUGUAGAAAUACUUUUUUUUUUUUUUUUUUUCCUUCCAUGGCUGACCUCAUUCUAGUCAUAAGCUGGAUGUACAGAAGUGAUUUUAUUUUUCUAUACGGUGUUGGUUAAUCCUCCCUCUGGAUGCAGUAGGAGAUGAUAAUCCUGUAAUAUUUACAGUAGAUUUAAAAAAAAAAAAAUCUUUGCUUGAAGAUGUAUAAAUUUUAAUGGUCGAGUCGUCGACGUCUUAAGAGAGCGUCAUGAGCAGGUCUGCUGAAAGAAGGUGAAUGAAUUGGGCACAAAAACCAGCACGAUGCUGUUUCCCUGUAAGAAUGAGGGAGAAUCACUCCAGAUGCUCAUGGAGAAUUUAGAAAACCAGUUUAAUUUAUUUCAUGGCACUUUUGUUUGCUUUUAAAGCACUUCAUUCAAUAAUGAAGAUGGUCAUUGUGCAGAUUAGUUGAUAAUAUAGUAGUUAAAAGCGUCUUUGUUGCACAGAUUUAAUUUGACUGUCUUUUUGAAAUUUCUCAGUCUUGAAGUGAAGGAAGCUUUUUAGGAAAGCUUGUUUGAAUUAUGUAAGGCACAAUUUUCCUUUUCUCGCGAGCUAGUUUCCCUUUCCAACCAGGUUUAAUUUUUGUUGUUGUUGUUGAGAAUUUGCAACAGUGCAGUCAGUGUGUGGCUGCCGUCAAAAUUCACUUUGAGAAAAAGCUCUUAAUGCGGACAUAAACUAACAGCUUGAAUAAAUUCUUAUUGCACUGUAUGCAGAAGCCAUUUAUCAGGUAUUAAAAAACAUUUUAAACCGCGUCUUUGUUACCUUAUAGGUUUGUUAUUGUGUGACAUGGGAGAAAUGAACAGAAUACUGUCUUUUAUUUAAAUGUAACUUAUUGGGGCAGUAUUGGUAUAUUUGCAUCUAUGGGUGUGUGAUUAAUAAAAACAGAAAAGUCAGAUGGACUGUUGUGGUUC